CUUCUUCUGGUUGUUUUGAAGUAUGUCAAGAUAUGUAUUGGAAUCUAUUUGUAAGAUAUAUACUCGUUUGAUUUUUUAUGCCGCUAUUUGUCAGCCGAGUUUCUUUUGUUGCGACUAAUUCCUUCUUUACCAAGAGCCCUUACAUAGAAUGUAUCGCUUGUAUCAGCAACAAACAAUGGCAGCCAGUUUGGAACACUAUGUGAAUAAUGUGAGGAAUCUGUCAGCACAAGGUAACUACUCCCAGCUGUGUGAGUUCAUCAACAAGCAUGGGGACACUCUAGGCAAGAAUGCUGGCCACUUGGACAUUGUACUGGAAACACUUGAUGUUCAAAGGCACUCCCUUGGUGUACUGGGGGUCCUGGUGAUCAAGUACAGUCUGCCAAGUAUACCUGAUUUUGAGUCAUUGUUUGUUCAGACCCAGGACUUCAUCAAUAAUUGUCACGGAGAACAGAUCAGAUAUGCCACAGAUAGCUUUGCAGAGCUCAGUCACAGGUUUACCCAUCACUUGGUUGAGCGCAAGCAAGCUAUCCGCGGAAUCAAGCUUCUAGUGAAAGCAAUCAAUAAAGUACAGCUAUCCCCAAAUCAGUUGACAUCAAUUCAUUCAGACCUUUGUCAGCUGUGCCUCUUGUCAAAAUGUAUGAAACCUGCCCUACAGUUCCUGGAUGUUGACAUCACAGAGAUAGCCAAGGAGGGGGGUCAGUAUGAUGUGAAACAUUACCUAACAUACUUCUACUAUGGAGGCAUGAUCUAUACAGCACUAAAGAAUUAUGAACGAGGCUUCUAUUUCUUUGAAAUGGCAGUAACAACACAGGCUAUGGCAGUGAGUCACAUUAUGAUGGAGUCCUACAAAAAGUUUAUCCUUGUGGCACUUAUUCUUCAUGGAAAGGUGCCCACACUCCCAAAGUACACAUCCCAAGUUGUAGGGAGAUACAUAAAGCACUUGUGCCACCCAUACCAUGAUUUGGCCAAUGCCUAUGCCACUAACAACCCAGCCAAACUGAGAGCAGAGGCAACAAAGCACACAGAACUUUUCACUAGGGAUUCCAACAUGGGCUUAGUGAAACAGUGUAUAACUUCAUUAUACAAGAAAAAUAUCCAAAGAUUAACAAAAACAUUCUUAACACUGUCACUGGCAGACAUGGCAAACAGAGUGGAGUUAUCUGGUCCCAAGGAGGCAGAAAAAUAUGUACUCAAUAUGAUUGAGGAUGGAGAAAUAUAUGCCACUAUUAAUCAAAAAGAUGGAAUGGUGAGCUUUCAUGACAACCCAGAGAAAUACAACAGCACCAGUAUGCUUUCCCAUAUAGAUGCUGAGAUGCAAAAGUGUAUACAACUUGAGGCAAAAGUUAAAGAAAUGGAUCGAGAUAUAGCGGUUAAUCCACAAUACGUACAAAAGCACCAUGGGAUUCAUGAUGAUGAUUUACCUGGCUCAUCAACCAAGGUCUCCUAUCCCAUGUAACAUGAUAAUGGACACACAAACAACGCUAGCAACAAGCUCGAUUUAUACUUGACGAUGUAUGCUAUUGUAACAACAAACUCAGUUACCAUAGUAACACAAAGUAAACUAUGAAAUUGUUUCUUCUGAAGGGAAUUUCACAACAUUGCCUUGAAAGAUGAAAUGGUAAACAUGUUAACUUCAUGUGAACAAUGACAAUAGAGUUCCCAAUCCUGGAGAACUAUCUUGCUGGAGACCUAGAGUGAAAUAUUUUGAUAUUAGACUAUAUCAGUGGUAAUGCAUUUCAACUAAACAUCAGUACAUCAGUAUGAAGGAAAAGGUAAAUGGUCAAAUGACAAACUUUCCCAAAGGUUUUUAAAAUAAAAAAAACUUGCUUUCCUUUCAUGAAAUCUUAGAAAGUACUGUUAUUGAAGUUAAAUGGAUUGAUAUUGAAACUUAAUAUGAUUAGUAAAUUUCUCUGUAUUUCAUGCUUUUUCAAUAUGGAGAAAUGCUCAUGGGUGUCAAUAAGAUUACUUUACAAAACUACAUCAAUUGGUUUUAGAGUCUGUUUGUGGUCUAUGGGAACUAAAUCAUAGCCAUGCUAUAUUGAGCCUGUAUAUUUUAUAAAUUUAUUUAAUAAUUGUUUCAAAAAUAGAAGGUGUUUUGUACUUAAGUUCUAAUUAAAUACAUAACAAUAUAAGUUGUAAGAUUAAGACAAUAAAAUCAUCAAUUUUCAUGGAUAGAAUAAAGAUUUAUUGUACAAUUGAACUUCUUACAUUACUUUCGAAUUGCUAAAAUCUUUUGAACUACAUUUGCUCUCUAAUUGUAAUCCUUCUACUGUUUUGUUACUGUCACCAUAGUACAAACCUAGUUUUCAAUCAAAUAAAAUCAAUCAAUUUGCA